UCCCCUGGCUCUUUGGAGAAACAGCUUUAAAAUUACUUGAAUAAUUCAGCUCCAGCAAUGGAUGAUGCCUGAGUUUUACAAUGGUGAAAUCAUGGUUGGGACUCUGACUGCCAGUACCCAGUCCCAUAGGAUGAGAAGUUUUUAUUUCUUCACCAUUCCACUCUCAUGGAUUUUAUGAAUCAUGGGCAAACUGAUUUACUAUAUAGUUAAUUUUCUGAGUGAGAGUACAUAAUUUUCUAUUCAUCUCCCUUAGCAGCAGCUAGUUAUUAGAAUAAAGAAGGAAUGGGAAUGGCACAACAAGAAAAAAACAGGAAGAAAUACAUGGAACCAGGAGGAAAAAAGGAAAUAUGAAACAUGGAAAGGUAACUGAAGUAAAUGCCCAUGUGCAUACACCCAUGUGUUGGUAGUCACAACUUUUGCUCAUUCCUGUCUCUAUUAGUAGGAUUUUAUAAUCUGAUCUAUAUGGUCUACUCUGUUGCAUACAGAGAAUCCCAUGCAAUUGAUUUAGAUUAUUGUGGAAACUAUUUUUUUCAAAAUUACAAAAAUAUAUUCUGGAUUAAUUAAACCUGAAGGAAAACAUGUUUUAGUCUGUACAAAAUCUAAUGUUAAUCAACCACUACAGUAUGGGGUGGGGUUUCUUUAAAUACUGGUAGGAAGAAAACAACCUCUGUCUCAUUGUUUUUGCAAGGAAGACUGGAGAGAGAGAACAGGCAGAGAUUAUGACCAGGUUUUGAGGAGGGAGAACAGAGGCUAGAAAGCAUUAGUAGACACAGGGAAGUAGUACUGCAUAUUAUCUUCUAUAUAGACUGGCCACAAAUGCCCUGCCCUGCCCUGUUCUAUCUUGUGUCUGUGGUUUUAUUAGUCAUUUGGGUGGACUCAGGUGAGCAAAGUCUGAAACCUUCCUCCCACCUAAGCAGCCUUCUUCUGACUUAAAUGGCUCUACCCUUCCCUCUCAGCCGUAUCCUUUGGUUUCUCCCAUCUUAUCUUCUUUCCCCCACAGCUUCUUGCACUGUAACUAUCCUUCUUUCUGUGUGUAUUUAUGUUCCUGUCUUGGGCAAUUCCUGUCCUUUGGUCAUUUUCCUGGAUUAGACAAAAGUGUUCCUCUUCUUUCAUCCCUGCUUUGAGCUCUGAGCUUGAGCUUGUUACUCCUCGCUGGCUGAGUCACUUGAAUAAUGGAGAGGGGUGAGGUCAGCUGUAACCCGAUUCAAGGAUGCUGCACGGCUCUAUGAUUCCUUCUAGCAGCAGCUCAAAGGGCAUUCUGAAAGCUGAAGGCCAAGCUGAUGGUAGUCGGCUGAGAGAGUGCAACCAAGGAUCUCCGGAAAAGCAACUAUCAGAACAGGGCUUGAAGCCUAGAAGCAGUUAUCAAAUGUUUACUUGAAGCGACUUGACAGCAGCUAGCACACACAGUUAGAGGGUAAACACAGAGAGCCUGUGGAGUCACUAGCCUCCUGCAGGAAGGAAUCCUUCCCAAAGUGCCAUGCGAUGCUUCCUGAGGCGUUCACUUAUAGCAGCCAUAUUUAUCUUUGUGUUUCUGCUCAUCAGUCUGGCUGUUUGGACACAAAAUGACCUUGAGAUGGAGAAAACCCAGCAUUGGGCCCAAGGUAUUGGACUACAACAACUUCAAGCUGACUGGAACCUGCGUAGCCUUCAAAAUCUAACCAAUGCCACCAAUGUCUUGAGCAUCUCUUAUCAUUAUCUUGCCGGCAUUCCCCCUCUCCAGAAAAAGUUUCUGACGAUAGGGCUGUGUUCUGUAAAACGGAAGAAAGGGAACUACCUCCUCGAGACACUGAGGUCCAUCUUUGAACAGUCAACACAUGAAGAGCUGAGUAAAAUGGUAGUAGUGGUACAUCUAGCUGAUCCAGACCAGGAGUGGAAUGUUCAGGUUGUGGCAAAUAUUGCCAAGAGAUUUGCUCAUCAAAUCCUGCUGGGCUGCCUGCUAAUUAUACAUGCCCCCCAGGAAUACUAUCCUUCCUUAGAAGGUUUAAAGCAGAAUUACAAUGAUGCUACAGAACGGGUAAAAUUCAGAUCAAAGCAGAAUGUAGACUAUGCCUACCUCAUGAACUUUGCAGCCAACCUCUCCACCUACUAUCUCAUGAUUGAGGAUGAUGUCCGCUGUACCAAAAACUUCUUCUCGGCCAUCAGAAGGGUGCUAGAAUCUCAGAAGGGCUCCUACUGGGUCACCUUGGAAUUUUCCAAGCUUGGCUACAUUGGCAAACUCUACCACUCUAGUGACCUUCCCCAGCUUUCUCGGUUCCUCUUGCUCUUUUACCAAGAAAUGCCAUGUGACUGGCUUCUAGGAUACUUUCGACUUCUCCUUACCCAAAAGAAGGUGAUUCGUUUCAAGCCAUCCCUUUUUCAGCACAUUGGUCUCUACUCUUCCUUCCAAGGCACAGAAAACAAACUGAAAGAUGAAGACUUUGAAGAGAAUCCUGCUGCACUUCCUGACAAUCCCCCUGCAGAAAUGAUAACAAAUAUUGUCACUUUUGAGAAUUACUUACCAAAUAAGGCCUACAGCAAUGCAGAGGAGUACUUUUGGGGCAAGGCCCCCUCAGCUGGAAACUCAUUCACUGUUGUCUUCAAGCAACCUGCACGUAUCUUUCGUAUUCAGAUCCAAACAGGGUCUGAAAAACGUCAUGAAGACUAUCUCCAGGCAGGGCUUGUUGAGUUGGGCACCCAGAAGAAAAGGGAUGGCACAGGUUGUAACGUGUACACUUCUAUUGGACUCUUUGAGAAAGGAAACUUUAACAGACAGGGCCUGCAGAACAGCACAGCCUUUGCACCUGAAUGUAUACGCAUUGUUGUGACUCAGGAUCAGAGUGAAUGGCUGAUCAUACGCAGCAUAAGUGUCUGGACAAAGCCCAGUCCCUGAAUGAACUCUGUCCUGGAUCAAGGACUUUCUAGGUAUCCAUUGGGGACAGUGGGGUACCACUAAUGGAGACAUAGGGUAUCCCCUGUCCCUGGGCGCCCACCAUUUCAUCACGUGGAGGGGAGGGGCGCCUGACACCGGCUGGCUCCCGGCACCCAGCCUCUCCUGGGACAUGGUGACCCAGCCGGUGCCUGGCAGCUAUCCCCAUGCUGGGGCAUUGCUUGCUGGCCGAGCUGUCGUCACAGCUGCAGGUAGCCCCCCCCCCCCCCCGCAAACACUUCCGUCCCCUGCAUCCAGGCAGGUGGAGGGAUUGGGGCAGGCUCCGAGCUCUCAAAGUCACCUUGCUGCAGGCAACUGCCUGGGCGAAGCGGGCAGAAGAAAACGACUGUGGGGCUCCAAGGAUGGCAGCUGAUUGAAGGCGGGGGCAUCUUACUGGGCAAGGCCUCCAUAGUGCAGGGGGUGCUCCCGGAAGGAUCAGCAGGCCUCAGGCUCAAGCCCGGCUGAGUCCUCCGGUGCUGGGACCCCUGUGGCAGAGCAGGAAGGGGCCAGCCAAAGGACCACCGACAGACCAGCUCUCUCUCGCCGGUGCAUCACCUUAAGUGGGGGACUGGACGCUGGAUCCCCUGCAGGGCACCCUGGCUCUAGCUUCCCACAGGGCCCCAAGGGCGGAGGGGCGCAUUUCCAGGUGGGCAAGGCAGGCAGCAGACCGGCUUCCCCGGGGGAGCUGCAAGGAAUUGACAGGGUUGGCACAGGAGCAUCUCAGUAAGGCCCUGUGGAAAGACCCUGAGGAAGCCCAGCAGCCCUUCCACAUCUGUUGUGGGCAGGUAGGCAGGCACCAAACUUCAGAGCAGCACAAGAGAACACUGUGGGGGCUUAGUGGCGGGCGGCCCCAGUAGGUGCCCAGGCCCCCUGCCCCUGAGUCCUGCCCUCCCUGCAGGCUGGCUUCUGUCCUUCCCAGGCCCUGGGAGCUGGCCUGCAGGGAGGCCAGGGGCAGGGCUUGGCGGUGGGCAGCCC